UGAGGCGGAUAAGAAACUGUCUACUACCACCACCACCACCACCACCACCAUGUCAAGGAGUAGUAGUACAGGCUUGGUACUCGUGACCCCUCUGCCACCAUCAGCUGUCGUUACUGUUCCCAGCUCCGGAUCGCUGGUGAAGCUCGAAGCCGAGCAGCAGGCUGGCCCAGACAGAGCUGAUCAUGGAAGUGGAGGUGCAGCCAGUGGACUCAAUCAGAUAAAGGUCCUUCCAAAGAAUAAGGGCGUCAUCUCGAAGUCUGGGAUCGAGAUGAAGUUGGAGAUGUUAGAACAAGAUGCGAAGAAGUAUGCCAAGGGUGACGGUGACACGGAAGUCAUUGCCAACGAGAAUGUCGAGGAAAGCAGCACUUUAAAAGCUGUUGCCUUGGGUAGAAAGGCAAUGCCAGGAGGAAAUUCCCACUCCUUGCAGAAUCUGAUAGAUAGCAAACAUUUAGGCAAGCAGCAGGUAAGUAAGGGAUGGGCGGUUGGGGUUGGCGGAAAGUCCAAGCAGGGUCGUGCUGGGGGUGGUGCUUCCGUUGGGGGACUAUCAGCAACAGGUAGUUCCUUCUCACACACUCUUCAGGGUGACGCCACGACUAGCAUGCGUAGCAAUGUGUCGAACGCCAAAGGGAAACCAGAGAGGGAAACCAAACCUUUACUUGAUGCUGAGCAAGCUGCUACAGAGUCCCUCUUGCGGACUGCUCCAGCGCGGCACCAACGCCGCCGAGUGUCCACCGUGGAAGAGAAAGAUGAGGAAGGAGAGGACAAAGGCCACGAAGAGGAUGCGUUUCCCCAUGUGAAGGAGUUCUCAUCAUUUUCCUUCAAGUCACCCAGGACAUCUAACCCUUCCAAACAGUCUGAAGGAGUCCGAUUGCUGCAAGUGUCGCAGGGUGGCUUGGUGGGGACCACCAAGUCCCUUACGUCACUCCGCCCUGCCAAGUCAUCUGUGACAUCGCCGACUUCUUCUUCUUCCUUGUCUUCCUCUUCGUCUUCUUCUUCUUCUUCUUUGUCAUCUUCUUUAUUAUCCUCCUCGUCAAAAUCUUUUUCCGCAGGUUUGCCCACGCACAAUGAUUCUCAGGCGGAAGAAAGAGGUGGAGUGGUAGGUGCUACCUCCACCAGUGUAGCACCGACUCUGCGAAGGUCGAACUCGGGAAGCCAGGACGGGAAGUCCAACAUCAAAUUACUGGUCAUUGCUCCCAUGCGCGAACAAGGUGAAAGCAGUGGUACAGUUCUGGUUAGCGCAUCCGGUUUUGGAUCUGGAAGGUCAUCUGCAGGGUCCCCAGGGGAAGUGGCUGAAGAAAAUUUGGCCAGAAGAAAUGGUGAACCUGUCGUGCUGCAUUUGGAGAACAGCUCCGAAGUAAAAAAUAGCUAUUCCCUUACAAACGAUCUUAGCCCAGCAGCAGCAGCUGUUUCUGCUCUCAGUUCUUCUCGCGGGGAGAAGAGCCAGAACCACCAAAGGGCAGACUCUAAGGGCGGAGGAAACAAAGGGAGGCGGUCAGAGCAUGGUGGUGACAGGAAGCACAACGUUGAAGGAUCAGGAGGAUGGUUUGCAGCAGCUGGUUCGAGUGGCGAAAACCGUGUUCCUGGAACAAAUGCUGGACCACCAACCAGGGCCAGCUUGGAAGGGACCAAUGAUGGACCUGACCGCCAAGUUAUUACAACUGUUGACAGAUGUAAUGGCGAAGAGAAUGGGAAAUCAACCAAUUUGCAUGUGGGGAAUACAAGAACCAAGGACGAUAUGCAGCAGCAGGGAACAAGUGACGUACGUCUUGGAUCGGAGAUCUCGAUGGUCGUCCCCAUCUCUCCUUUUUCCAUGGACGGAGUCGUUGCUUUUACCCCGAAGGCAAAGGAACACCUGGGUGUAGUAUCUGCUGUUGUCCCUGGAUCUCCUUCAAUGGAUGAAGUUACGCCUAUCACCCCAAAGCUGAAGGAACCUUUGGGUGUGGAAAAAAGCGUUGCUUCCCUCCAUGGUCCUGGGGGAAACAGCCUCAAGAUGAGGCAAGAUCAUGUACAUGACUGGCAUUCAAAGGACACAUUCAUUGGGAAGGGGAAAGAGAACAUUUCCCCUUCUCCUCAGGGCGAAGUGCAGGUUGUGCACAGUCACCUGCGCAGCCGAGAGGGUGAUCGUAAGCCUGCAGUGGUGGAGAGAGGGGCGGCAGUUCCCACCUCCCUGUCCCCGGACAACGCAAAUGUGCUCCCCAGCACUCCAAGAACCUUAGCUGCCGGUCGUUUGUCCCCUUUCCCUCCUUCGCCGCCAUCUUCGGCUGGAAGCUGGGUCUUCCAGGCCAGCGGUCCACAUAGACCACCACCUCAAGUGUUUGAGGUGCCAAACGUAAUUGAUGAUGCUCCUGAGGAAAUGGCCCCUGUUGGACCGCCGACAGAGUUGCCAAGAUUGCGGAACUUCUCUUACGUAAGUGAAUUUGACCGGGAUAAUGACACGUGGCUUGAGGUCUAUAACAAUUGGCUGGACCAAGAUGCUAUUGAGGACGAGUUGAUGGAACACACAUUACAACCGUCACAGUUAGAGUCGAGAGGCAAAUUGAGCAGCAGGAAGAAGGAGAGGGAGGAGGAGGGGGAGACGAUCAGAGAGGGUUACGAAAUGCGUUCCAUUUCCAGAGUCAUGAGAGAAAUGGCACGGAGUCCGAAAGUGAUGACCAGCACAUCCCAAUUGAUGCCACAUUCGGUAGCUGAUGUAGCUGACGUCGUUGAGGAGGACAUUUCAGAGACUUACCAUUCCUCAAGGACAAAUUGGUAAAUUGGUCGUGAGUCAGGACAGCUCUGCCCUGCAAGUGUGAUAGAGACACGAAGACUGUUGUCAUAGGUGGCCCACCAGUGCUGGGCACAAGCUGGAUAGAGGGGUGUGGAAAUGUGUUGGGUGCCUGAUAUAGUGCCACCAGGUGAGGAGGCAAAUCAGGCGGGAACUCUUAUACCGGUUGACAGGCAUCCAUGCCCUGUUUGAUUCACGUUGAACAGGCAGGCAGGCAGGCAGGCAGGCAGGCAGCAGAGGGCACUUUCAUGCUAGUGCCUUGUCUAUAUCUACAUCCACGUCUACGGCGCUAGUGAAAACAGUGGACGCUUUGAUAUUUCCUCAGUGGGCAGGCAGGAGGACUCCUUAACGCUUGCUCUGUCACAUUGAUAUCUCAUCGAGCUGAGAAAGUCGACAGGGCUAUGCCCAUUCAACGACUCAUCGUUACGACAUCGAACUGCAUCCAAACCGAUGUCUGUGUCUACGUCUACCACAUUAGUGAAAACGGUGGAUGGUUUGGUAUGUAAUCAAUCGGCAAGCAGGAGGACCCCUUGACGCUCGGUCUGUCACAUUGAUAUCUAAUCGAGCUGAAAACGGGUGAACAACUCGUCCGUGCAAAAUCAAAUUGCAUCUGAACC